GGUUGUCAGCCGACAGCGAUGCCUGCCCCGGUCUCAGCCCCUGCUGAGGCUCCACCUGUGGCCUCUCUAGAAGCACAAGGGACUGGAGCGGCCAAGGAGAACCAAGUGGACGUGCGGGCCCAGAACCUGGGCUCCCCCGCCUCGCCCCACCAGAAGUCCUGGCUGGUCCGGCACUUCUCACUGCUGCUGCGGCGGGACCGGCAGGCCCAGAAGGCAGGGCAGCUCUUCUCGGGGCUCCUGGCCCUCAACGUGGUGUUCCUGGGAGGAGCCUUCAUCUGCAGCAUGAUCUUCAACAACGUGGCAGUCACGCUGGGUGACGUGUGGAUCCUGCUGGCGGUGCUGAGGGCCCUGUCCCUCCUCUGGCUCCUCUACUACGGGACCGGCACCUCCCGCCGGCCACACGCCGUGCUCUACAGGGACCCUCAUGCAGGACCCAUCUGGGUGCGGGGCUCCCUGCUGCUCUUCGGCGUGUUCACCAUCUGCCUCAACGGCUUCCGCGUGGGCUACGACUUGAGCCACAGCCACUGCAAGUCGCAGCUGGAGCUCAUCUUCCCUGCCGUGGAGAUCAUCUUCAUCGGCGUCCAGACUUGGGUGCUCUGGAAACACUGUAAGGACUGUGCUCAGAUCCAGACCAACGUCACUAGAUGUGGCCUGAUGCUGACCCUGGCCACCAACCUGCUGGUGUGGGUCCUGGCCGUCACCAACGACUCCAUGCACCACGAGAUCGAGGCGGAGCUCAGUGCCCUCAUGGAGAAGCUGUCAGGCAAUGACACCAACACCUGCCUGUGUCUCAAUGGCACUGUGUGCGAGGCCUUCCGGAAGGGCUACCUGAUGCUCUAUCCCUUCGGCACCGAGUACUGCCUCAUCUGCUGCGCCGUGCUCUUCGUCAUGUGGAAGAACGUGGGGCGCCGCCUGGCACCCCACGCGAGCGCCCACCCCGGCACCCCGCCCUUCCACCUGCACGGGGCCGUCUUCGGGCCGCUGCUGGGCCUGCUGGCACUGGUGGCAGGCGUGUGUGUCUUCGUGCUCUUCCAGAUCGAGGCCAGCGGCCCCACCAUCGCACGCCAGUACUUCACCCUCUACUAUGCCUACUACGUGGCCGUGCUGCCCGCCAUGAGCCUGGCGUGCCUGGCGGGCACGGCCAUCCACGGGCUGGAGGAGCGAGAGCUGGACACGCUCAAGAACCCCACCCGCAGCCUGGACGUGGUGCUGCUGAUGGGGGCGGCGCUGGGCCAGAUGGGCAUUGCUUACUUCUCCACGGUGGCCAUCGUGGCCACUCGCCCUCACGAGCUGCUCAACCACCUCAUCCUCGCUUACUCCCUGCUGCUCAUCCUGCAGCACAUGGCCCAGAACCUCUUCAUCAUCGAGGGCCUGCACCGGCGCCCGCUCUGGGAGGUGGCCCCCGAGGGCCCGGCAGGGAAGCAGGAGGCGGAGGCGCAGCGCAGGGGCUCCCUGCUGGAGCUGGGCCAGGGCCUGCGGCGGGCCUCCCUGGCCUACAUGCACGCCUACAGCCACCUCAACUGGAAGCGGCGGGCGCUCAAGGAGAUCUCGCUCUUCCUCAUCCUCUGCAAUAUCACACUGUGGAUGAUGCCUGCAUUCGGCAUACACCCGGAGUUUGAGAACGGACUGGAGAAGAAUUUCUAUGGCUACCGGACAUGGUUCACCAUCGUCAACUUCGGCCUGCCCCUGGGGGUCUUCUACCGCAUGCACUCUGUUGGGGGGCUGGUGGAGGUCUACUUGGGGGCCUGA